UUUCAUACGCCAUUGUUGGUACCUCAAGCUCUCUGUGUUUUCUCAGCUUCUUCUUCCCCAUGGCUGCUCCCUUUUUAAUGCCCUUUUUCUCUUUGGCUCUCGUUUUCGCUGCGAUUCCGGGUUCUCUUUCAUUGCCCUUCAUUGUGCUCCAUGGUUUAGGAGGCCAGUGCUCACAUCAAGGGCCUAAAAACUUCACACAACUACUGAUAAACUAUUCUGGUGUUGAAGGAUAUUGCCUUGAAGUUGGCAAUGGAGUGUGGGAUUCUUGGUUUAUGCCCCUCGAGAAACAGGCUGGACUUAUUUGUGACAAGGUGAAGGAAAUGGAGGAGUUGAAAAACGGUUACAAUAUAGUCGGUCUCUCCCAGGGUAACUUGGUCGGCCGAGGAGUGAUCGAGUUAUGCGACGGAGGACCACCAGUUAAGAACUUUAUAUCUCUAGGAGGUCCUCAUGCUGGUAUUGCUUCUGUUCCUCUUUGUGGUACGGCCAUUUUAUGUCACCUUGUAGAUAAACUCAUUAAGUCGGACAUCUACAGCGACUACGUUCAAGAUCAUCUAGCUCCCAGUGGUUAUCUCAAAUUACCAAACGCUAUCCCGAAGUAUUUGGAGAAAUGUAAGUUUCUUCCAAAGCUCAACAACGAACGCCCACAAGCGAAGAAUUCGACGUACAAGGAAAGAUUCAGUAGCCUACAAAACUUGGUGCUAAUUAUGUUCGAGCAGGACGCUAUUUUGGUCCCUAAGGAAACCUCCUGGUUCGGUCAGUACCCGGAUGGAGCUUUUAAUUCAACUAUACCUCCACAACAGACAAAACUCUACAUUGAAGACUGGAUUGGUCUGAAAACCUUGGAUGAAGCUGGAAGAGUGAAAUACAUAAGAGUGGAUGGGGAACAUAUUAAAAUUUCCAAUAGUGACAUGAGAAAGUAUGUGAUUCCAUACUUACAAGGAUAAAGACUCGGACGGAUCUCGGGAAGUCAACGAGCACCAUAGUAUCGAUUAAACAAGAGCAAAGCACCAGUAAAGAAAAGAGUAAGAUAGUUCACAAAACAAAGUUCCUUAAAUCCUCAUCAACUAUGCAAGCCUAUUUUCCAGAGAGUUAAGGAAAAAAUAAAAGUAGAUACCCUAUGUAUUCCAAGAGACGAGUCGAUGUUCAAUGAAAAAA